GUUCUCAUCCCGUCCAUCCUGCUUGCUUCCCGAAUACGCAAAAACUCUUGCGUAAACGGCAUUUAUUUCAUCAGCUAGAGAUGGCGGAUAAGGGAGGCCUAUUCCCUGCAAUUCAAGUGUUGCUCCAUUCGGGGUUUUUGAUUUAAAGAAGGGUGUGGGGGGUGUGAGGGGUGUGAGGAAUGAAAAAUCCAAUCGGUGCACUUUGGUUCGUAAGUAUAUUCUGGCCAAACACGGCUCGUCAAGAGGUAUAAGCCAGAUAGUGUCCGCUCACAUGUCGUCCCAACCUAUUGGAAUCCUGACCCACCACCAGAGAUUCCACACCCUGUUGGUAAUGGCUGCAUGGUUCCAGCUUAAAAUCCGAUUCAUGGAAGACAUACGUUCCGUUAAAUCAGAUAGGUUAUUGCAAGAACUGUACUGGCGGACAUGUUCCGUCAACAGAUGCCAUUCAAUAUCUUACACGUCUACGCUUCCAGCACGUCGUUCUAUAGUAACAGAUAUUAUGAGGUACGGCUUGAAAUUAUCCGAGUGGGGAAGUUGGGGGCUGGAGAUCGCUGGCCAGCCGGAUGACAGUUCAGAACCAAUCGUAAGCCCCUUUAGCACACUUAAGGGCUGCGAGGAAUCAAGUUCCAUCCAACUUUCCAAGCUCUUGAAUCAUUUGAACGUGGGACAGUGUUAUCGCCAAGUGGACGAAAGGCAGGAACCGGGCCAUGGUGUGGCACCCCCUGAUCGAGACGUUGGUUACACAGCGCUCCGAACUGCGAAUCUUUCCCCGGGUCGGGAUAAAUCAAGGGAGUCUUAGUGCAGAUUCAAUCUCUACUCUUACUUCGCAGACUACCUCGUCCAAAUUCAAGACCACGCGGUGCAAACGAAUGCUACUCCUGAUCAAGAGGAGCAGA